CGCGAUCGUACGCACGCGUCCGGGCGUAAAUAAAAAUAAAAUAAUACCAACCUCGUACGGUGAAUGACAUAUGUAUGGCAAAAUAAACUAACCGCAAAAACCAAUUUUCCACGGUGGAAACUCUAAAAAGAAUGUUUCAAUAAAAUUUGUUUGGAAUUUGAAAUUGGAAUAUAAAAAAUGAAAACAUCAACGUGACAUUUUCAUGAUAAAAAGAUUCAACGUCUAUUUCUGUUACCAUUUUUAGAAUAAAAAAUGAAAUAAAAAAAAAAUAACGUCAUUCAAAAUCCCGCGUGUGACUGUCAGCAACAAAUAGAAAAGGCGGUGAAUUAUUCUCAUCAAAUUUACAAAAUGAAAAUUCAUUAACAGUUAGGUAUAUUAUAUUUAAAUAAUUAUUUAAGUGAAUUAAAUUUAAAUUAAUUACAUAGUGACAAUUUGCUUGUGAACAAAAAUGGACAAACUAAUGAACAGUGUUAAAAAAUUGACGGGUUUCUCCAGAAAGGAGCCCCCAGGAUUGACCAGGAGUGACUAUUCUUUGGUGUCGUGUAGCGAGCUGACCACGGGCCAACUGUGGCUGAGUUUGCCCGAAGAAGUCAAGGGUGAUCCGGCAUUUGACUCGUUGAGACAGUUGUACGAAAAUGAGCGCAGCAAAGAAUCCAUCCCCCUGACGAUCAGGAACGGUUCCUCAUCAAAGCCGAAGCGGUUGCCGCUGGUGAAUUCCGCUCCUCAUCUGAAUAACAAUGUGGUGGCACCUGAAGGUGGAACCAGGGCAGAGGCUCCGGCUUUCGGAAACGGAAAGGAGGAGGUUAAAAUCAAAUAUGGAAACGAAGACCAAAAUCAUCAGAAACAGACGAAGAUCGCAAAAGCCCGACAUUACACCAAGAUGACACUACUCCUGGCUUGCUGGGUAUUCUUCACCGUAGUCUUCCUCAUGUACAGCGAGAAGGAAGAAAUCACGAGGAACACUUUCGUCACCAGCGAAGUAAAAAGCUACACCCUGAACAUUUCGGACAACAAGCUGACAAUACUCCUGACACUGUCAGGCCCGUUUCUAUCUGAACAAAGCCAGCAGAAACUCAAUACAACCCAGUUAGAAAUGGCGGACAAAAUGGACGUCUGGUUAGAGAGAUGGCGGCUGAAGACUGGCGUUCGGAAUUUUGGCGGGAAAGAAGAUAUUGAAAGUAAAGAGUUCUCACAAACAUGGACAAUAGUACUUCAUAAACCAGAAGACGUGGAUUUCAACGUAGGAGAGCCCCGUUCAAAGGUGCUCCACCUAGCGUCUACUGCUUCGAACACGUCUACCGUCUACGCGAUCCAAAUGAAAACUGACGUGAAUUCUACGACGCCAUUGACAAUGAGUUACACUUUGGAUCCGCUAGAUGGCACUACGGGCGUUUUGUACGCAUGCGUGCUGUUGGUGGGGCUGUAUGUACUUAUCAUUUUUGAGGUCAUCAACAGAACAAUGGCAGCGGUCAUCGUGUCCACAACAUCAGUGGCGGUGCUGGCUAUGGUCGGCGAGAGACCCUCGCUCCAGGAGCUGAUCUCCUGGCUGGACACGGAGACGCUGCUGCUGCUGUUCAGCAUGAUGCUGCUGGUCGCCAUCAUGGCCGAGACCGGCAUGUUCGACUUCCUGGCUGUCUUCACCUUUGAGGUGACCAAAGGGAAGCUGUGGCCUCUUAUCACUCUUCUGUGUGCUAUCACAGCACUCCUGUCCACAUUUCUAGACAACGUCACAACCGUGCUUCUGAUGACUCCUGUCACUAUAAGACUGUGCGAAGUAAUGGACCUGGAUCCAGUUCCUAUCCUUAUGUCCAUGGUGCUGUUCAGCAAUAUAGGUGGCACCAUGACACCGGUGGGGGACCCCCCCAACGUCAUCAUAGCUUCCAACAAGGCCGUCAUUCAGGCGGGUAUAAACUUCACAAACUUCACACUCCACAUGUCCCUUGGUAUCGUCCUCGUGUGUAUACAAACGUACGCCCAACUCAGAUUUAUAUAUAGAGACACGAACAAGCUCAGGUUGAAAGAACCAAGGGAUAUACAAGAACUCCGCCACCAGAUAUCAAUAUGGCGGCGCGCGGCCGACUCUCUCCCCCAUUUGAGCAAAGACGUGCAGAUUGUCAGGGAGCGGCUGGAGAGGAAGAUCAGGAAGCUGAACGUGCAGCUGGAGACCAGGCUGAAGGAGAACACCAAGAGGGCGUGCCCCAAGUCCACAUUCCAGAGUACUCUGCAAGAGAUGAAAGACAAGUACAAAAUACGCGAUAAAAUACUUCUGGUGAAAUCGUCAGUCGCCAUCACUUUUGUGGUAGCAGUGUUCUUCCUACAUUCCAUACCGGAGUUCAAUAGAGUAUCACUCGGCUGGACAGCCUUGCUCGGCGCCAUCCUGCUGCUGACGCUGGCGGACCGGGAGGACCUGGAGCCGAUACUGCACCGGGUGGAGUGGUCCACGCUGCUGUUCUUCGCUGCGCUGUUCGUACUGAUGGAGGCUCUGUCGAAGCUAGGUCUCAUCCAAUACAUCGGCGGGUUGACAGAGUCCCUCAUUCUCAAAGUGGACGAAGGUGCGAGAUUGGCCGCUGCCAUCAUUCUAUUGCUAUGGGUCUCCGGCAUAACAUCAGCGUUCGUUGACAACAUACCUCUGACCACGAUGAUGAUCAGGAUAGUGACGUCAUUGGGUUCAAAUCCCAACCUCGACUUGCCAAUGACGCCGCUGGUGUGGGCACUCGCCUUCGGGGCGUGUUUGGGAGGUAACGGAACCCUAAUCGGCGCCAGCGCAAACGUGGUAUGCGCAGGAGUUGCUGAACAGUACGGCUACAAGUUCACAUUUAUGCAAUUCCUAAAAAUUGGCUUUCCAGUCAUGAUCGGUCAUUUAUUAGUGGCGUCUGUGUACCUUUUGAUCUGUCAUUGCGCAUUCACUUGGCAUUGAAAAUUGACAAAAAGAAAAUCAGGAUGAAAAAAAGAAUUACUUACAAAUAAAUUCUUGUUUGUUUGUGUAAUGUAAUAUUUUGCAUAGAAAUUUACACAAGAAUAAGUAUGUAUGUAUAGUAAGUAAUUAGAAAAAUUAAUAAGUGAUUUGAAAUAACUGACUUAUUUCAUGAUGGUAUUUCUUUUCAAAGUCAUCAAGAAAUUGAGAAAAAUGUGCAAAAAUGUAGAUAUCAUUUCUUUCAGAAAAUCACUAAAAAAUUCUUGUGAAGAAAAAUGUAUUAUAAUUGGAUGUGUUCAUAUUUUUUUUUGUUCCUAAAUAUUAUUUCAAAAUUCAGCAGAGCAAAAUUUCAGUUUUUCUUUUUCGAUAUUAUUCAAUACAUUAGUUUAGUCGCCAACAUUAAAAAUGUUUGUAAAGGUCAACUUAACUUCGAAUUGUUGAAUUAUUUCAAUUUCCAUCUGGGUGUCAUGAAAUUUAAUUCACAUUAUAAUAAUAUGUACUCGUAUUAUCUCUUGCAUUACAAAAUAAUUAAAUACAUGUUUACCUAUUUACUUAAAAAACAAAAUUACUUGGUGCAAGAUGUUGAAAUUUGGGAAGGCACCAAUUUGUAAGGGAGAGUUUUUUUCUUCACUUUUUGCUAUUUAUAUACAUACGUAUAAUCACGUCUUUAUCCGUUGUGGGGUAGACAGAGCCAACAGUUUUGAAAACACUGGCCACGUUCAGCAAACCAAACGCUUAACGAUGGAAUUGAGAUUCAAAUAGUGACAGGUUGCUAGCCCAUCGCCUAAAAGAAGAAUCCCAAGUUUAUAAGCCUAUCAGUUAGUGGCCUUAUACGACAUCCAAGGGAAUAAGACGGAGUGGUCAUGUUCUUUUUUUUUGUUGGUGCCGGGAACCACACGGCACAUUUAUUUUUAUAUUUAUUAUGCUAUUUAUUUGUUUAUACAAAUCACAAACAUACAAACUGAAUAUUUCCCUUUAUAGUAGAUUUUUUUAUUAAGUAAAUUUUUCUAGAUCUCUCUUACGUCAGGAGGAUAAAACAUACACAAAAUGUCUUUAUCCCUUACGGGGUAGACAGAGCCAAUGGUCACAAGUAUCUUCUAGUAAGAUUCGUUUGUCCGUCCGUUUUAGCGCUUAGAAGCUUUAAUUUGGCAUAUUAAAUAUUAUAUAUAUAUAUAUAUAUAUAUAUUAUUUGGCAUAUUAUGUACAUAGGUAUACGAUUAUUAUUUGGGACGACAAAAAUAUGAAUUAUUAUUAAACAUCAUAUUUAAACUAAGAAAGAUAAAAAUUAAUGUGAUUUAAUGUUGUGAUAGACUAUGAUUGUGUUUAUUAUAAGUUUAUAUCUUUAUAUAAAUAUUUAUAUAUAUAUUUAAGCUUAAAUUAUUAUAUUUUUAGCUUAAUAUAAUAAUUGGAUAAGUAAAUUUUAAGGUAACUUAUUAAGUAACAAUUAAAUUAAUUUCAAAAGAGAUUUAGAAAUAGUGUACCUAUGCGCCUAAAAUAUAACACGAACUUUGUUGUUAAAGAUUUUGUUUUUUUUUAGCAAUAAUUUGUUUUUGUUAUGUUAAUUAAAUAUAUAGGUAUAUAUAAAUCAUUUAUUUAGUAAGUGAUAUUUAUAAUUUUUUUCUAUAUAGAUUAUCAGUCAAGCAAAGUUUUAUUUUGUAAGUAAUUUAAAAAUAGCUUAGCAGAGCUAAUAGUUAUAAUUGCAGUAUUCUGUCGAACAAUUUGUUUACAAGAAAGAUUUCUUUAAGAUGUUUGUGAUAAACAUAAUUUACUAGUUUAAGUUUAACAUAAAGUA